AUGGCCGUCGAGUGUAAGAUAGAGAACGCUGUGGAGGACCGAGACAAGAUGACCAGCCAGGAGGCUUUGUGUGACCCUGAUCAGGAGACAAGAAAGCGCCCUGGCAUCUCCACUCUUAAAUUGUUUAUUAUGGCGCUGUCCUUCGCCUGCUUCUCAAAGGCUCUGACAGGAACCUACAUGAAAAGCUCCAUCACCCAGAUUGAGAGACGAUUCGACCUCUCCAGCACCCACAUUGGACUCAUCGAUGGCAGUUUUGAGAUGGGAAACUUGCUGUUUCUUGCUGUAGUCAGCCAUUUUGGGGCCAAGCUACAUCGGCCCAGACUUAUUGCUAUAGGCUGUUUCCUGAUGGCUGUAGGGGCCUUUCUCACUGGCCUGACCCAUUUCUUCAUGGGACGCUACGAGUACAACACAAUCGUUACGCUUUUCCAGAAUGACAGUGUGAACAUUGCCGCUUGUGUGGAUCACCUCGAAACAGAAGUAGCUGAAAUUCGGACCGAACCCUCUGAAGAAGACAACAAAGCCUGUGUAAGAGAGUCUGGAUCCAACAUGUGGAUCUAUGUGUUCCUGGGGAACGCUUUGCGAGGGAUCGGAGAAACUCCGGUCACACCUCUGGGCAUUUCUUACAUCGACGACUUUGCUAGAGCAGAAAAUUCCCCCUUCUAUAUAGCUUGUCUCCAGACUAUCACUCUCCUGGGACCCAUGUUUGGUUUCCUCCUCGGCUCCUACACUGCCAAACUAUAUGUUGACUUUGGAUAUGUUGAUAUUGAAAGUGUGACUAUCACUCCGAAAGACGCCCGCUGGGUGGGUGCCUGGUGGUUGGGCUUCAUGGUGUCCUCCGUCCUGCUCCUCAUCUCCAGCAUUCCCUUCUUGUUCUUGCCCCGCUCGCUGCCUAAGCAGGAAGAAGACAACGGCGAACCAACUCCCGCCUAUGACACCUUAGAAGGGAUAGAGGAUGUUCCCAACAACGAUCACAACCUCAAACUGACUGACAUCGCUAAAAGGUUUCUUCCCUCACUAAAGCGCCUGUUGGGAACUCCUGCUUACUUCCUGCUCCUUUGUGGAAGCAUCCUGAAGUUCAACUCUUUCAUCGGCCUGUUCACCUUCAAAGCCAAAUAUAUGGAACAACAGUUUGGACAGUCUGCAUCCAGAGCAAACUUCCUUAUAGGGAUGUUGAACCUGCCAGCAGUGGCAGUGGGGAUCUUCCUGGGAGGGCUGCUGAUGAAGCGGUAUAAGCUAAGCUUGGUGUCAGGAGCGCAGCUCUCUUUUGCCACGUCCUUUAUGGCAUACCUCCUUCUGCUGCUGCAGUUUGGAACCAAGUGUGAUAACAUUCCCAUGGCUGGCCUCACCAUCUCAUACAAUGGAACGCGGAGUAUUUCCUCCGAUAGAGACAUGCUGUUCUCAGAGUGUAACAGAGACUGCUCGUGUUCAGCAGAAGAGUGGGAUCCUGUGUGCUCGGACAGUGGCAUCACCUAUGUCUCUCCGUGUAUGGCUGGCUGCCUCAGCUCCAGUGGAUACGGCAAGAACACAGUCUUCCACAACUGCAGCUGUGUGUCCUCCACAGCAGGCAGCGACACGUCCGUGAGGCUGGGCCAGUGUCCUCAUGCCGAGGACUGCAGCCGCAGCUUCACUUUAUACAUGGCUGUAUCGGUUCUCAGUUCCUUUAUUAACUCUCUGGGAGCGACACCAGGCUACAUGGUCAUCAUACGAUGCAUCUCACCAGAUCUCAAAUCCCUUGCGCUGGGUAUCCAGGCCUUAGCGACUAGGUCUCUUGGUGGACUUCCUGCCCCUGUGUAUUUUGGAGCCAUGAUUGAUUUAACUUGCCUGAAGUGGUCGAUCAAGAAGUGCGGCGGCAGGGGGGCAUGCCGCAUCUAUGACUCUAAUAUGUACAGGAUCAUCUUUCUGGGUCUGAUCACUUGUCUCAGUGGUUCCUCAUAUUUCUUCAUCACUGCCGUCAUUGUCAUCCUCAGACGACAGUUUCUUAGGCCAGAGCAACAGAUACAAACGCAGGAAAGAAUAGCUUCAGCGCUAAUUGACCUCCAAACCACCUCAAAACUCACUGUGGACCAUCUCGGCCUCCCUAAAACUCCCAAAUCGCAUCAUGCUAUCAAAGUUUGGGGAAGGAUGGCAACAGAACUGGAAGAGGGAGGGGAGAUUCACAGAAAAGAGCAGCUCCCCCAAGAUGGUAGACUAUGCUCCUUAAGUAACAUGCAGGACACGGAGCUGCUCAAAUCCUUGACACAGACCACUGUUGCUCCUCCUCCAAGUAAGAAAGCAAAGGUAGAGAUAGACGGGCUGAAGUCAGAGUUGGAGAUGAAAGAGGGAAAGGACGAGGUUUGUGAAGAGACGGUUGCACCGGUCGAAAAAGAAGGCGAUCUCUAACACAAUAUCAUGAAGGAGAUACACAAGUGGCUUGUGUGCUAAAAUAGCUUGUCACUGUUAAUUAAACAUGCAGUGAUUGAUUCUUUGGCCACUUGGCAACACGCUGUACACAUUUACCUUAGGCCUUGUGUUAUGUUUGGCUGGUAGUGUGUAGUUGGUGUAUUAUUAUAUGUAUCUUUUCCUCAUAUUGCCUGGUGCAUAUA